AUGAGCAAUGCGGUCUGGGUCGCAUGGCGGGUUCCAUGCCAGGGACUUCGCGCCUCUGUGCUGCCCCUGGUGACAUUUCGCCCUGCCUGUCGCGAUCUCCGCAUUACCCCAUGGCGCAUGUACAGCACCUCACAGCGCCCAUUCGGGGUACUGAACCCUCUAUUCCGACUAAACACACCAGCCUCUCGACCGAAUCCUCCCCCGUUCUCUCCGCAAUUCGCCCCGUCUGUUCCCCGUCGAUCUAAGAGGACUGCCGCCACGAUUCCUCAAUCGGAUCUGUCGGAGGACCAUCCCCGCAAGAAGCCCUUCACCGAUACCGAAAUCAAGGCCAUUUUUGCCGGUACACUCGACGCAGAAUUGCCAGUUGACAUCAACCGCGCCUGCGCCCAGCACCAAAUUGAUACCGCACUGGACUGGCUUCGACGUGAAUACCCGGUUGAUGAGGAUGCCGCUAUCAUGGUCCGCAUUGAGCGCGAGGAGCGUGAGGAGGAAGAGAAGCUCAUUCGCCGUGCUGAAAAGCUAGGCCUGUACAAGCCACAGAGUGGUUCUUAUGAUGCUGAGCUCGGCGAUGAAGGCUCUCCUUACGGAAGGAGUGUCCUCAAGGAAGGCCGUGAGCAGAAUGAGAAGCGUUUGCUGGCUGAACAAGAACGUAAGCGUCAGGAAUGGCUUGAUGGUGAAAAGGAAGAGCAGGAACGAUUGAAGCGUCAAUUUGGCGAGAAUACUUCCCUGCAGCAGUAUCAGGAGGCUGCUCUCACAGAGGCUCGCCCUCGUGCCGAUCCUGCUCAAAGGCCGUAUCUCGCUUGGGUUCAGAAGCAUCACAUUGCUGGUACCCAUGAGACACCCGAAGAAGUGAACAUUACUACCGCUCAACGUCUCUUUGCUCCUAUUUUAUUCACUAUCGUGACUCUUGGACUUUGCUAUGCCUUUACUCAAUACUAUGAGUUCCCGGCACGAAAGGACCGUUUCAUGCCGGAUGUCCCUCCCGCUGUGGCGACUGUUGGAGCCAUUAUUGGAGCUAACCUGGCUGUGACUCUUCUUUGGAAAUACGUCCCUCCCUCGUGGAGAUUGCUUAACCGUUACUUCGUGAUUGUUCCGUUUUAUCCUAGUUCACUUGGCAUUAUUGGAAGUGUUUUCAGUCAUCAGACCUGGAGACAUCUCGGAACGAACAUGAUGGUUCUGGCACUUAUGGGUACUCGCGUUCAUGAUGAAAUUGGCCGCGGAAACUUCUUGGCUAUUUACUUCGCUUCCGGUGCCAUUGGAUCCAUCUUCUCAUUGACACGCAGCGUUUUACUCGGCCGUCUGGGUAUGACCUCCCUCGGUGCUAGUGCCGCAACUAGCGGUAUCGUCGCCGCAUGGUGCAUGUCCCACUUUGAUGACAAAAUCACAAUGUGGAUUCUUCCUCAUGAGCUACGAGAGAAAAUCUGGACUCACGGCUGGGUUUUCCUCGCCUGUUUGGUUGGGACUGAGGUCUUCAGCUUGCUAGCUCCCGCGCGCUUCUUCCGUGUGUUCCCCCUCUCUCGACUGACCAAGAUGGAUCACGCCGCUCAUCUGGGUGGGUACGUUGCUGGUGCGGGUUGUGGGUAUUCUCUAAUGAAAAAGAAGGAGCGUGAAAGGAAGGCUAGAGAGACCAAGUGGUUCUAG